AUGGUGAUCAAGAAGCUUUUGAACGGGGCCGUCUACAACGGCGACUGGCACAAUUCCCAGCCCGAAGGCUACGGGGUGAUGAACUACACCGACGGCUCCCGGUACGAGGGCACCUGGCGCGAGGGCCAACGGGACGGCAACGGAAAAUACGUUUGCUCUGACUAUGAAUUCCACGGGGCCUGGCGAGACGACCAACCCAAUGGACAAGGGGUCAAGACCUGGAAGGCGGGAAGAGUGUAUGACGGGUGGUUUGUGAACGGGCUUCGUGAGGGUUCCGGUACUAUGACAUGGACCAACACCGGGAGAAAAUAUGCUGGUCAGUGGAAGGGAGACCGCAUGAGCGGGCGGGGGGUGUGUCACUGGCCAGAUGGGUCGUGGUACGAAGGGGAAUGGGACGGUAUGAAACGGGUGGGGAAGGGGGUGGCUUUUCUUCGAUAUGAGAACAGUGGAGAUACCUAUGAGGGCUCAGUCUUGAAUGGGGAGAGACAUGGUCAUGGCAAGUAUACGUAUGAGGAUGGAUCGAAGUAUACGGGGCUGUACGAGAAGGGACUGAAGCAUGGUGUGGGGACUUUGGUCACUGCGACUCAUGUCUUCAGGGGGACCUGGAAGCACAACAAGCGUGAUGGGGAAUUUACAGUUACAGAACUGGCCACUGGGGUCAAGUCCAAGGUGCGAUAUAAGAACGGGAAGAAACAGUAG